CACCCAUCAGUGCCACAUCAAUGCCACAUAUCAGUGCCUACCAGUGCACAUCAAUGCCACAUAUCAGUGCCCAUCUGAGCUGCCUUUCAGUGUUACCUAUCAGUGCCAGUCAGUGCCACCUAUCAAUGCCAGUCAGUGCUACCUAGCAGUGCUGCCAAUCAGUUCCAGUCAGUGCCGCCUAUCAGUGCGCAUCAGUGCCGCCUAUCAUGCCAGUCAGUGCCGCCUAUCAGUGCCACCUAUCAGUGCCAUGUAUGAGUGCUGCCUUUCAGUGCCCAUCAGUGAUGCCU